UUGCCUCUCCCACAAGCCAGCAUUCUAUAUUGAAGUGAACUUCCUCUACAAAAACAGCUAAAGAAAUCCUCGAGGGCCUCUUCCAUUCUCUUCUCCUGCUAUUUACUCUCUCUCUCUCUCUCUCUCUCUCUCUCUCUCUCUCUCUCUCUUUCUUUUUCGCUCUUCAUUUUCCGAUGUCGAUCUUCGAGUACAAUGGAAGUGCCAUAGUUGCUAUGGUGGGAAAGAACUGCUUCGCUAUAGCUAGCGAUCGCCGACUUGGAGUCAACCUUCAAACAGUCGCCACUGAUUUCCAGCGAAUCUACAAAAUCCACGAUAAGGUCUUCGUCGGUCUCUCUGGCCUUGGCACUGACGCCCAAACACUGUACCAGAGGCUUGUUUUCCGUCACAAACUGUACCAGCUGCGAGAAGAAAGGGACAUGAAGCCUGAGACUUUUGCCAGCCUUGUUUCUGCUAUACUAUAUGAGAAAAGGUUUGGUCCGUAUUUCUGCCAGCCUGUCAUUGCUGGAUUGGGUGAUGAUGACAAGCCAUUCAUCUGCACAAUGGAUUUCAUUGGGGCCAAGGAACUUGCAAAAGAUUUUGUUGUUGCCGGCUCAGCCUCUGAGUCACUUUAUGGUGCCUGUGAAGCAUUGUUCAAGCCUGACAUGGAACCUGAGGAAUUAUUUGAAGUUGUGUCCCAAGCAUUACUAGCAUCAGUAGAUCGGGACUGCUUGAGUGGUUGGGGAGGACACAUCUAUAUUGUCACCCCUGAUGAAAUUAGAGAGAAAAUCCUAAAGGGAAGGAUGGAUUGAUGGAAGCCCUCCUACAUGUCCAUGAUGCCACCAGUUUUUCUAUCUUUCCAAACCAUAGACUUGGAGUUUUAAUGGAACAUUCUGUUUUCUUUGUUAAUGGGAGAUGUUAUCUUGCAGGAAUGGUUAAAAAAUGUAAUUUGGAUAAAAUUUCGAAGUGCGUUAGCGAAGUUUCACCUUAUUGUCUA